AUGAAUAAUCUGGAGUGGAAGAAAUCUGCACCUGCGGCAAGUAACAAUAAGGAUCAUGUUAAGGGAACAAGUACAACGAACACACUAAUAAACGAAUUAUAUGAUAGUACCAAAAUGAGUGCAAAUAUAGAAGAAUUAUGCGAAUUUGAUAUAGAAAAAAGAGAUGAAUUAGAAGAAGAAAAGUAUUAUAUGUUGUUGUCUAUUGCGUACGGAUUAAUAGCAAUAUUAGCUGACGCCCCAUAUUUUAUAAUAGUAUCAAUGUCAGAUUAUUUCAGACAUGCAUUUAAUGUUACAGAUAUUAUGAUCAACGAAUUCGCAUUAAUGGAAAGUAUAAUAUUAAUUGUUGUAUGUAUAUUUUUACAUUUGAUCGGAAGUUAUAGAUUAAGAUGGAAUGUAUAUCAGCCUCUUCUUACAAUGUUUUCUUUAGGAAUAAUCCAUUUAAUUGUUCAUUUUAAAAGUGAUUAUAUAGGACAUAAAAUAGUAAUAUUUAGUGCAGUUCCAUUUGGUAUAAUAUCUUGUGUAAUUAAGAUGACAACAAUUAAAAUAUGUGUUUUGUUUAGAAAACAAUAUUGUAGUGCUUAUGUAUGUGGAUUAUCGAUGUCUGGAUUUCUUGUUUUUGUAUUAUAUGUAUUGGGAGCAUAUGUAUUUUUUGAAAAUGAUAUAAAUAAAUUUUGUAAAAUGUUUUCAUUAUUUUAUGGAGUCAUUUCUUUUUUAUCAAUAAUUUGUUUUAUGAUAUUAUAUAAAAUAUAUAGUUUGCCAUUUGUAAAAAGAUUAGGAGAAAAAUUUGAAGAUAAAGGUUUUUUAAUAAACAAAGAAAUAUUAUUUGAUUCAUUCAAAUCGAUGAGUGUAGUUUGGGAAUAUAUGCUUAUAGCCUUUCUUGCAAAUAUAUUUAGCUAUCAAAUAUACCCAACAGUUUUUCCUGCAUGCAUUGAUGAAAACAAAGAAAUGAAAGGACUUUUAUCAGGAGUUCUACUUUUUGGUGACUCAUUAGCACAUUUGUUAGUUCAUAUUUUUAGCAACUUUUUUAUUAAAAUUAAUUUUGUAAUAUAUACCAUUAUCAAAAUUUUUAGGUUAUUUUUUCUACCUAUAUUUGUUAUUUUAGUUUUAUAUAAAAAUUCAUUUUUGAACAGUCAAUACUUUUUAAUUCCAUUAGCAUAUACAUUUGGAUUUACACAUGGAAUAUUAUCUAAUUCUGUUUUUUUAAAAAUACCCGAAGCAUGCAGAAAAAAGAACAAAGAACAAUAUCUUAAAUUAGCUCCGAAUAUAGUUUUUUUAUCUUUUAUAUUUGGCACUAUGAUUGGUGUCUUCAUAUCAAAAAUAUAUGUGAGGAUUUUGGUCCCAAGCUGA